CAGGGGAUCAGAAUCUGUUUUUAAUGGAAAUUCUGGAACCAAAAAACACAAUCACUGAAAUCAAGAGCAGUCUGGGAAAUCAAGAGCAGGUAGAACUACGUCUGUGCACAGAUAACUGACGUUGGCUCAGGACGUGAUUGAGUUGCAUCUCUGGAGCCCCGGUCUCAGUGCUGGAAUCCUAAGAUCUAAUGCAGACUCAAAGGGCUUGUGCACACAAGAAGGGGAAAAAUAAAAAACUUUUCACAGAGCGGAAGGAGAAGGUGGGAUGAACUGAGAGAGUAGCAUUAACAUAUACAUACUACUAUGUGUAAAAGAGACAGCUAGUGGGAAACUGCUAUAUAUAACACAGGGAGCCCAGCCGGUGCUCAGUGACAACCAAGGUAUCUUUCACUUAGUGUUUGUUUGGCUUAAAUAUGCACUAAAUCAAAACACUAUUCAACAAAGAACUUAAAAAUAUUUGGUAAAAAUGACAUAUAGGGAAAAAAUUGAUAGAAAAAGAGAUUAAGAACAAUCCAGCUGGGGCGUAUCUGGGAGGCAUGCAUAAUAAACAAGACAAAACAAAAACAAUACUAGAACCGUUUUGGAUUACUAUGCCCAGGCACUAUCGACUUAAAUAAACCACUAACUCGGGGGGGACAGGAGGUGGACAUUGUCAAGAGAACAGAAGAAUGGAUGUGCAAGGUUGAUUUCCCACUAUAAGGCUCCGGUGCCUGCGUGGUGUCUGGACCCAGGCAUUUUAGGUUAGAUAGAACUCUACAGCAUACUGGGCAGAGAACACGGAGUCCUACCUAGACGCAAAAAUGUCCAACGAGCUGGGCAACCUCAAGGAAAUCUCUUUGUACGAGAGAUUCCUAAAGUCUAAAAUAGGGAGACGGGAUUAGUAACACUGAAGAUCUACACGUCUAACUCUGAUGCUAUAAACAAGGGAUCACACAGAUCUCCUUCCUUCAGAAAAGGCCAGUCCUCAGGCUUCGAGCCGUCCCGGUUUUUCGGCACAUCUGCAUUAGCUCGGGGGAUGGACCCCGCACAAAGCACCGCCUUACUAACGCCUCAUCAACCCCAGUCUCGAGCAGGCCUUCAGCGCCCCGCGCCGGGUGACUUCUCAGACCUUCCUCCACCUCCCCGGAACGCCCGACCUCGGCUGGGACCCGGGAACCCGCGACUGUGUUUCCUCCCUGAACAGAUAAAAUCACCUGGGGCAUCUAGGCCUAAGCUUCGCGUCCGCCGCGGCCUCCAAGAGGAAAGCUGAGGGGGAAAUCGACUCCCUCGACGAUCUCCGCGGCCUGGACCCGCCCCCUCCGCCUGGCGCCAGGCUGCGGAGGGCCGAUCGGCUCGAUGAGCGGGGGCGCAGCUGCGGCUGAGCGGCCGACGCCGGGUCCGCGCCCACUGUCUCCCCCUCCCCGCUCUCUUCUUCCGAUUCCCACUCCUUCCCCCGCCCGUACUGCGCCGCCCGCCCGGAGAGCUGCCGGGAGCUCCCCGGGAGACUCAGGUGGUAAAGAUUUAUCCUGCGGGGAAGUAGAAGAGUACCUCAUUAAAAAAGAUGCCUCCCAAGUUCAAGCGCCACCUAAAUGAUGAUGAUGUCACAGGUUCUGUGAAAAGUGAGAGGAGAAAUCUUUUAGAAGAUGAUUCAGACGAAGAAGAGGACUUUUUUCUAAGAGGACCAUCUGGACCAAGAUUUGGACCCAGAAAUGAUAAAAUUAAGCAUGUUCAGAAUCAGGUGGAUGAAGUCAUUGAUGUCAUGCAAGAAAAUAUUACAAAGGUAAUAGAAAGAGGGGAGAGACUAGAUGAACUACAGGACAAAUCAGAAAGCUUAUCGGAUAAUGCAACUGCUUUUAGCAACAGAUCCAAACAACUUCGAAGGCAAAUGUGGUGGCGUGGAUGCAAAAUAAAAGCUAUCAUGGCUUUGGUUGCUGUUAUCCUUUUGUUAGUGAUUAUCAUUCUUAUAGUUGUGAAAUACCGUACUUGAUUUGACGACAGAUCUUCAUUAAACAAAAUCUGGGACAAUAAUAAUAAAAGGUUGCUGCAUAAUUUAAAUGAAACCCAUGUAUAUAACUUUCAAAGCUUCUUUUUCAAGAAAUUAAGAGGCAAGUAUCACUUCAAAUUGGAGCAUUGAGAAUGUCCAAUUAUCUCCCUCCCUUCCAACAAAAUGUUGCUUUUAAUAAUUAUGUUUGAGGCAAAGAUAACCAGCCUUGAUUUUGCCAUAUUCCAAGGGUCUAAUUUGAAACUAGAUACUUGCCAAUUCACUGUUGUAUAUAUAUAGUUAAACACUGAUAAGGGUAUUCCAUACUGUUAUUUUAAUGGCAUAAGGACUGAAUUUAUUGCAUUGAGGUAGGGAUCAGGCUGGUGGUCAGGGAGCCUCUGCAGAGUACCAGAUCAUUAUGCUGAAAGAUGUGUGUAACCAUUCCAUCGAUAUUUGCAAGAUUCUUUUCAUAUUAAUAAUUGCUUUGCAAGCAAUGUUCACAUGUUUAUAGAUGUAACAAAAGCUAAAUGUUAUAAAUGUUGCUGCCUUCAGCUAUAACUGAAAACAUUCCAGUAAACCUAUUUUUGAUUGUAUAAGGGAAUGUGUAGUAAUUUUUUGACAUUUGGAUUAUGGAAAUGGGAAAUUUAAAGUGUGAAAAGCGUAGUAUGGCGUCAUAAAUUGGAGGUAAUAAAAUUAUUGAAGAGCAUCAUUGGAGUAUUUGAAAAUGCCAAACAUACAGCUAAAAGUCAUGGUCCAGUCUGUUUUCAGUUAGCCUCCAAUAAGGAGGACCAGUCCUAAUGUGAGGAAUGAAAUCUACAGGUAACUUGUCCCCUUAAUUUUCUGUUUGUUAGUAGCUUUCCUCUUUAACUUCAACUAGCUAUUUUACCAGAAAUGCUUAAAGUAGCAAAAUUACCUGCUUAGGAUUUUUGAUUUUUGCAUUCCCUGAUUAUCUCCUGGGAAAUACAGGUUAUACAUAAAAUCAAAUGUGAAAUUAGCCAGUAAUAAGAAGAAGUCAGGAGCCUAGUUAAUCAGUCAGUCAGUAACCAAAUGCUAGGGUCACCAUUAAUCUCAGUCUGUUUUUAUAAUGAUAAAAAGUGUUAACUUUAAAAUAUGCCAACCUUCUUGGGUUGUUUAAACAUGUGAAAGUGAAAAUAUAGUUCUCUAGUGUGUGUGAGGAAGUUUUAUAAUAAAAUUGGAGGUUCUAUAGAGACUUGUGUACAUGGACGUCUUCACAAUGUAUAUGUAACUCUAAAUUUGAAAUAGUGUUAAUAGAAAGUAGCAGUAUUUAAAUAGGAAAAAAAAUAGUCCAUACAGGGUUUAUUUCUUUGGUUGUUUUCAUUCAAAAUGUAUGAAACAUAGGAUCUUUUUUUUUUUUAAUUCUACAGGAUUAGUACUAAGAUACAAAAAUGUUCUCUUUAGAAUGAAAAGACAUUUGAAGGGAGAAAGCAGAUUAAGAGAUAUUCAAUACACCUGCAAGUUAGAAGGUCUAAAUAUAUUUGCUUAGCAUUAUAGUCCACUAAGAACAUUUAAAAAGAGGUAAAGGUCUUACAUACUAUGGAGUGUGUGCUCUGGUUUCUCCAUCCUUUGUAAAUGUCAGUUACUGUAAAUAACAUAGUAAAUACUAAACCCUUUGACAAAAGAGGAUACCCAGGAAAAUGAGCAUUUUUAGAAUUUCAGUAGCUAAUAUAGUUCAGGAAUGGAACUGUUUUAACUGAGUGUACAGAAUCAGUCCUAACAUGUUUAUUUUGUGUGUCCUUCAUUUGGGAUUGGAACUAAACUCACCAGUGGUUAAUUUUCUAUUGGUUAGUAUAGAAAUCUGGUUUCUUCAUAUCAUCUAUCAGUGAAGAUGAUUAUUUCUCAAAAAGAAUCCACAUUUCCAGUGUUUCUUUAAUAAAGUAUGCUUUUAAAGAAAUAAAAACAAAAUUUUUAAAAAUUUUAACAAUGAAAAAAUAAAAGGAAAUAUUUAUAUGAUAAUAUCAUAUAUAUGUAGUUCUCUUUGUAUUUAAAUAUAUUGCUGCUGAGAAUACUGGUGGUGGAUAUGUUACUCUUAGGGAUUUGUACUAGUGGUAGCCUGUUUAGUGGUAGCUCAGUUUAUCAUUUCAUCCUUCUCAGUCUUCAUUAGUACUAAGACCCUUAAAGUGACUGACAUGUUUAUGACAUUAUUAUCAUAACCUUGGAGACACACGCCUUAGGAAAAAGAAAAAUGUGUUCAAAUUGAUGCCAGGCUUGCCUUCCUUCCCUCCUUUAAUCAUUCUUUUUCUCAUUCAGCUCAGAUCAUCCUACACUUGAAAAAUGAAGUUUCCCCAUCAUCAAAAUUCUCAUUACUUAACAACAAUGAAGAGCAAGAGAAAAAUUCCAAGUAGCUUUGUAAAUACUAGUUGAUACCCCAGUGAAAUCAGGUCACCCCUUUUAUAAUGCUGGAAACAGACCCUUGUGAUUUAUGUUUGACUACUGAAACCUGUUGCCCUACAGUAGUUUUGUGAUAAUGCUAAUUAAUUAGUUUUUCCUACAGAUAUGAUCCAGUAAUACCUGUGGUCUUUUUGCUCCUCUAUCCUGAUAAAUCUCACUGGAAAUCACCCUCAGGUUUUUAUCAACUUGGGGAUUUCUUGACUAAAGAGAAGUUCAGUAGUGAGAAUGGAACAUUAUAAAAUGGAGGAUGGGUAAUAGUACACGUCAAAUUCAGAAAUACCUUCUGUUAGCACUCCUGUGGGUGGCUUCUAUAUAGUCUUUAUGUGCAGUCACUCUGCAUUAAAAAAUUAUAACUUUAGCAUUUUUUUUAUAGCAGAAUUGGGCAUCUUUCAAUUUUGUAUGACACGUGGGUAUCCUGGAAAUGAUUAUACAUGUACAAACUGAGAAGGAAAAAAAUUGAAAUUUCUCAUUAUCAGUACACUCUUAAACAUGCUAGAUGGCCUGUCAGCCUUUUUAUCCACACUCUCUACACUUACGUGUAUGCAUACUAAGAUUAAAAAAUAUGCUAGAAAUUGUUUUCUCAUGUUGAGAAUGAGUGCCAUUAGAAGCUAACUAUUGAGUCAGUAUUCCUAAGUCUAGGAAAACCAACUCUCAGUCUGAUUGUGUGUUUUCAUGUGGAAAUGUGAUUGGACUCAUUGAAGUCAGUUUUAUUUUUCUGUGAGAGAGGAGUUAGAACAUAAAUCAGUCCAAAUGCAUUUAUACACUUUUGUUUUAGAAUGCAGUAGAGUACUCAUAUUUGUGUAGGAAGUUGCCACAAGGCUGUGUGAAGAUACUGAGUCAGAAGGAGCUGGAAGGUGCCCUUCUUCUCAAUUCAUCCACUGUUCUUCCCAUACUGUAGACAAAUGGAGCCAUAGGGGACACAAUCUUUUUAUUCUGGCUCCUCUGUUUUAAGAAGCUGCUUGGAACAGGUCAGUAGGAAUUGAAGGGAAAGCAUGACCAACCCAAUUGAAGGGGAUAAACACAAGCUUGGGAAAACACAGAUCACAUCGUGCUUGUGUCCCCACAGCACCCAGCCCAGUGCCGUGCACCUGGCUAGAUGAGUGUGCCUAGGAAAUCACAGACACACCGGUGUGCCCGUUGAUAAAGCGUCAACGCCCAUGGUCCUCCCUGCAGAGGUGACAUGACUGCCAUAACUGUGGGUCUUUUGCCUUUACCAGGAGAUUGUAGUGCUCUUUUAUAAUGGGUAAAGAAAAAUUUUUAUUUUUACAUUAUUUCAUUAGGUUCUUUUCAUUUGAAAAGGUCUUGAAAUCAGACCGUCUAUUAAAUAUUUUAGGGCUACAAAGUAAAUUGCAUAAAUCAGUCAAAUGUCAGAACUCAAACUCUUAAGAAAACUCAAGCACUUGAUCUUAUGCCUGGGGUAUGUCAUUGUUUUAAAUUCCACACUCCUUUAUUUAAUCAUUUUGAUAAGUGCCUUUGAUGUUUUCAGAUGUAUGGUGGGAGAUGAGCAAUGUAAAUGGCGUGCACCCUUUGCUGUAGACUCUCAAGUCUUCAUAUCCAUUUUCACCAGUGUUGCAAAUGUUAGUCCUCGGUGUUCCUGUCAGAUACGUAUUUGUAGCCCCUCCAUAGUAAACAGUAAAAUAAACUAUUUCAUAGAAAACAAAA